CCAUCUGGACCCCUUUGGAACUUGUGUGAAUUACCUGGAUUCUGCCUUUAGAAAUGUGAGAAAUCUUGGAAUAGUGUCACUGACAUCCACAGACAUCAGUUCUCUGUAUGCAAAGGCUCAGCACGUUGCCCUGCGGCAUUAUGGAUGCAAUAUUGUCAGGACAGAGUACUACAAGGAGCUGGCAGCCAGAAUCAUCGUUGCUGCUGUCACAAGAGCUGCAGCUCGCUGUAACAAAGGCAUUGAAGUUUUACUUGCAGUAGCUCUAGAACAUUUUGUUCUAGUAGUGGUCAGAGUCUUAAGGGGACCGUCUCCUGCGGAUGAUUCAGCAAAGAAAAUAAGAUACCUCAUCCAUUGCCAGUGGUGUGAAGAGAGGAUUUUUCAGAAAGAGGGUAAUAUGGUAGAAGAAAACCCUUACCAGCAGCUGCCUUGUGACUGUCACGGCAGUAUGCCUGGGAAGACAGCAGUGGUUCUUGGUCCUCUCUGGUCAGGAGCUCUCUUUAACACUGGGUUCCUCAGAAGAAUGUUCUCUGGGGCUGUCCAGUAUGGUCUGGAUGAAGCUCAACCACUUUUGAAGACAUUAGUUUGCGAAGCAGAUUGCACAACUUUACAACAUUUUUCUAUCCAUAGUCCUUAUGAUGAGAACAAACAAGAAGAGUCUGGCAUAUAUAUUAAAACACCAAAUAAUUCUGUGGAAUCCUACUUGGUACCUGGAAAAAGAAAAAGUGAUGAAGUGAUUCGAAAUGCAGCCAAGCGACAAAAACCUGAGAACAGUGCUGAGCACCCGGCGUUUUAUUACAACAUCCACAGACACAGUAUUAAAGGAAUGAACAUGCCAAAGUUAAAUAAGUUCUUAAUGUAUCUCUCUGAAGCUGGCUACAGGGUAAGUAGAACCCACUUUGAUCCCAUGGGAGUUCGCACCAACGCGCCCUUGGCACAAUUUAAGACUGUUCUCACAAAGUACAGCGCUCCAACCUUCGCCCUGGGGCAGGCAGAAGGCCCUGUCCACCUACCUGAAGAUAGCCAAGCAGGAGAGCAGGUUCCAGCUGCUGCAGAUGGCAAGGCUGAAGAGGCUGAGUUUCUGGAAGAUGAUCAAUCUGGAGAUGCUGCUGCCACGUUCACAAAUGACUACCUUACUCACUGCGCAGCUGAUUAA